CCACCGACUCUCCGCCCGCCUCUGUUACAACAUGCCCGCGCGCGUCUCGACUACGCGUAAUGUUGUGCUUGGGGACUACCACGGCCGUGUUCUCGCAGGUUUCCACCAGUAUGGCUCUGUCUCUUGGAAGACGUUCUUCAGCUGGCUCAAGCUACUUUUUGACACCACCGACGCUUGGAUCAUCGUCGGCGGCGACCGUUUCGCGCCCGUGCAGUACCUCCCCACGGACGCCGUCGUCCUGCCGGGGAAAUACGUCCUGCUCGCCCCAGACUACACCCCGCUUCAAGUCAAACUCGUCGAUGCCGUCGCGCACCGCCGGCAGGGCGUGACCGGGCGCGUCCGCAAGGGCGAGAUGAACCUGCAGCACGCGCGCGACCGCGACCGCAAGUCCAUGUCCACCGGCACGGAGAUGUCCUGGGCGCGCCUGCAGGCUGCGCACGUCUUCUCGAGCUCGCGCCUCAACCAGGUGCGCAUCGCGUUCGUUCUCCACACGGGAUGCCGGUGCUUCGCGCGCACGCGCCGUCGUGGUUGUGCCUCGCACAUCCGGGCCUCCCCAGCCUAGGCCCGGGAAGUGCUGUUCAGACGCAACCCUCAGACGACGGAGGCUUCCCUCCUCGCGCGCGCGAGCAUCUGUUGCCGCGCACUUGGUGUCCGCAGCUGACAUCGCAGCAGCGCCCGCACACGCGCGACUCGUCGCCCUGCCCCACGCCGCCGGACGCGCACUCCCGGCCGGGCAUGGCGCACCACAAGUCCGCGUCGCUGCAGAACAUGCUCCUCCUGCGCGAGAACCUGCACAACGCGUGGGCGGACUACGAGUUCGGCGUCGACCCCGAUAACGGGUACAGCAUCACGCCGUUCGUCGCGGGACACGAGGACCUCGCGGGGCUGGUGCUGCAGGUGGACGACAUCUCGGACCCGGAGACGCGCCCGCUGGACGCGCCCCUGCGCGACCACUUCCUGCAGGGCCUGCUGAAGCACGUCAAGGGCUGCGGGGAGCGCCACUGGGACUUCCGCACGGGCGCGCUGAACCUGUCGGACCAGAACGUGUGGGGCACGGACGAGGGCAAGGAGCGCCUCGAGAUCGAGCUCGACAACAGGCUGUUUGACCACCGGCUUACGCAGGCCUAGGUUGAGGUGGUCGCAGGUCGAGACGUUGGAGGUUACGUUGAUGCGAUAAUGCGAUAAUGCGCGCGUGAAGGGCCAGUGAGUACUAGUUUUCGUAUCGUUGUAUUUCUAAGGGCUCUGCGUCGUUUUCUUUUUGGCGGUCUGGGGUCCUGCAUGUUGUUCGGAUACACGACGUACGUGUUGCGCGUUUGUGAUGUUCUCUUGGGCGCAAUUGGCUAGUUGCAAUACACGGUUGACUAUCUGGACGUGUGCGCUGG